AUGGCAGUAACAUCAGGCUUAUAUCACAAAGGUAUCGAUUACAUCACUAGGUUUGGAAUGAGGAACCAGAACAAAGGCGUGCUGCGGAGCUUCCGCGUCGCCAAGGUGUUUCGUGAGAACUCGGACAAGAUCAACUGCUUCGACUUCAGCCCUAACGGCGAGACGGUCAUCUCCAGCAGCGACGACGACUCCAUCGUGCUCUAUGAUUGCCAGGAGGGCAAACCAAAGAGAACCCUGUACAGUAAGAAAUAUGGCGUGGACCUCAUCAGAUAUACUCAUGCAGCAAACACAGUCGUUUACAGCUCUAAUAAAAUAGACGAUACUAUUCGUUACCUGUCCUUGCAUGACAACAAAUACAUCAGAUACUUUCCUGGACAUAGCAAAAGGGUGGUGGCCUUGUCCAUGUCACCUGUGGAUGACACUUUCAUUUCUGGGUCUCUUGAUAAGACCAUUCGACUCUGGGAUCUCCGGUCUCCUAACUGCCAGGGCCUCAUGCAUCUACAGGGCAAGCCAGUUUGUUCUUUUGAUCCAGAAGGGUAUUUUUGCUGCCGGUGUCAAUUCUGAAAUGGUCAAACUCUAUGACCUUCGCUCUUUUGAUAAGGUAAAUCCUUAAGCUCUCUUGAUAUUGGGCCAUUUGCAACAUUUAAGAUGCAGUACGAUCGGACUUGUGAGUGGACAGGACUUAAGUUCAGCAAUGAUGGCAAACUCAUCCUCAUCUCCACCAAUGGCAGCUUCAUUCGUCUCAUUGAUGCAUUCAAGGGAGUGGUGAUGCACACGUUUGGGGGUUAUGCCAACAGCAAAGCUGUCACACUGGAGGCCUCAUUUACUCCGGAUUCCCAGUUUAUUAUGAUCGGUUCAGAGGAUGGCAAGAUCCAUGUCUGGAAUGGAGAGAGCGGUAUAAAAGUAGCUGUGUUGGAUGGCAAACAUACAGGCCCCAUUACCUGUUUGCAGUUCAACCCCAAGUUCAUGACCUUUGCCAGCGCAUGUUCCAACAUGGCCUUCUGGUUGCCCACCAUUGAUGACUGAUCCUGAUGCUGUUUGGCUAUUUCUGUACAGUGAGUGUGGCCAGCAGGAAAAAACUCAGAGGGACUGAUCUAAUAUUGGGACUGGAUCAUUUGACUGGGCUGGAGAGCAUCCUUCCACAUGGCCUUCCCAUGGAUGUGCUGUACAUCUGCUCAAAAGAAAAAAAAAAGUACUUUGCCAAGCUUCUUCAAAAGGACUUUUGGUGGGGCAGAUUCAAUUGGGACUCAGAUUUUCUAGCUGUCAACUGCACCAAGCUCCUCCAGAGGAUGACCAGACUCAUGAUUAGGGUAUAGUGGGGCCCUUAAGGCGCCUUCAAUUUUGAAUGUAUUUGCUGCUGAGGAGCUGGUGAAGUUAUUCUGCACAUCCCCUCUCCUACCCCCAUAAAUGCAUGGGAAGCCACAGUCCUGGUUUUGAGAUGCUAGAGCAGCUCAGUGCCCCUUGCCCUCACCCUGCAUGUCUUAUUACUGGGUCUCCCUGUGUCAUUGUGGUAUAAUCCACAACCAUAUGUUACUUAGGUGCCAAACAUUUACAGAAAUAAGUCUUCAUAUAUCUUGGGGUCAGAAAGGGACAGAUACAGAAAGACCUUGUUUGCUAGGAAGAGUCAAGUUAUAGUCAUUUGAGGAUGGGUGACCUAGACAUGCCUCAGGCUCUGGGUUUUAGGUGGGAAAAGACCCAAGAACCUGAAAGGGAGGAAGGAGUAGCAGGUGAGUUCCUAGGACUGGGAGGUAUAGCAGUAGCCUAGUGUGGUCCCUUCUCAUCAAGACAAACCAGUGGUCCUCCUGGGUGCCUACCCAGUGUGGUUGUGUACAAAAGCAAGGGAGUCUAUUUUUGUACAUGAGAUACAUCACACUUUCCUGUGGGGCCAGUAUUGUGGAGUGAGUUUGAGUUGUUUACACUGAUGCCUUCCCUGCCCACCACAAGUUGUGUACAUAGUCUUCUGAUGAUACCAUCCCUUCCCAGCUCUUAACCAUGAGCUGGCUCCAGGCCUGUGUUAUAUGUUAUAUUAGCCUUUUUAUAUAUGAUCUUGGAUUUCUGUUGUUUGUAUUUUAGCACAGUGUGUACACCUUCAUUUAAAUAUAUCUGUGUAUGUGCAUACA